AUGAACAUACCACGUUCAAUUUUAUCUGUGGAAGCUAUUUGUCGCAGCGUUCUUCCUAUUUCUGGCUAUCGUUUUGCUCAUGCUAGGAAUACAUUCAUCAAUUUCGUUCCUCAGCAAGAAGCAUGGGUUGUUGAAAGAAUGGGGAAGUUUUAUAAAAUUCUUGAACCGGGUUUCAACAUCCUCAUCCCGGUUAUAGACAGAAUAAAAUUCGUGCAAAGUCUCAGAGAAAUCGCUAUAGAAAUUCCCCAGCAGGGUGCAAUCACUCUCGACAAUGUACAGCUGCAGUUGGACGGAGUACUAUAUUUACGAGUCUUCAACCCUUACAAGGCUUCUUAUGGUGUCGAAGAUCCAGAGUUCGCCGUUACACAAUUGGCUCAAACAACCAUGAGAUCAGAGGUCGGUAAAAUAAACUUGGACACAGUUUUCCGAGAAAGAGAGCAGCUCAAUGAAAGCAUAGUUGCAGCUAUCAACAAGGCGGCUGAGCCAUGGGGAAUUAAAUGUAUGCGAUAUGAAAUUCGGGAUAUGCACAUGCCUGCGAAAAUUCAGGAAGCGAUGCAAAUGCAGGUUGAAGCCGAGCGAAAAAAGAGAGCUGCUAUUCUGGAAUCCGAGGGGCACCGAGAGGCUGCUAUUAAUCGAGCAGAAGGUGACAAGAGAGCAGCAAUUCUUGCUUCAGAAGCUUUGGAAGCAGAACAAAUUAACGUCGCUCGUGGUCAUGCUGAAGCACUCCGGAUUAAGGCUGAGGCUCGUGCUCAGGCAAUUGAAAGAGUAGCCAUAGCCCUGAACCAAAAGGGUGGCGAUAGUGCAGCCAGUCUCACCGUUGCACAGCAGUAUGUCACAGCGUUUGAGAAACUCGCCAAGGACUCAAAUACAAUAGUCUUGCCUGCGAAUAUGAGCGAGCCGAGUUCGAUGGUGGCUCAAGCACUAGCACUAUAUGAAAAUAUCGGCAAGAAGUCAACAAAGCAGUGA